AUGCCAACAGCAAUCGUCGCAGGUGCGGCUGGCAUCCAGGGCCGAGAGAUCGUUCUCGAGCUCGCCAAACAUCGCCAACAAUGGCCCACCGUCCACGCCCUGUCGCGCAGCAAGAAGGAGAAGUAUCCCGAAACUGUCGUUCACCACCACAUUGACCUGAUGUCAUCCCCGGACGAGAUGGCCAAAGACCUCAAGGGUGUGUGCGGGAGUUAUGUCUUCUUUGCAGCCUACAUACAGAAAGACACGGAGAAAGAGAACUGGGAUGUCAACGGCGCCAUCCUGUCAAACUUCCUACAGGCACUCGUCAAAACAGGCGCAAUCCACUCGGUGCAACGCAUCAUCCUGCUCACCGGCGCAAAGCAAUACGGCGUGCAUCUCGGUGUACCCAAGCAGCCCAUGCUAGAAAGCGAUCCCUGGCUCACCGACAGCAAAUGGCCGCCCAACUUCUACUACAACCAGCAAAACAUCUUACACUCGUUCUGUAAAGAGCACAAGAAAGAGUGGACUGUCACGUACCCAAACGACGUCAUCGGCUACGCAGUCGACAACUACAUGAAUCUCGCUACUACCAUGGCCCUGUACGCUCUGAUUUCGAAAGAGCUUGACUCGAAUGACGAAGGUCUUGUCUUCCCUGGAUCGCCAAACUUCUAUACGAAGUUCGACUGCUUCACCAGCGCAAAGCUUCAUGCUCAAUUCUGCACGUGGGCAGCUCUCGAGUCAAACACCGCCAACGAAGCAUUCAACGUCGUCAACGGCGAUGCCGAGUCGUGGCAGAACCUCUGGCCCAAGGUUGCGAACUACUUCGGAUCCAAGGUCAAGCCCAACCAGUUCAAGAGCCGUGCCGGCUUGUCACUCUUCAAGUACGUUUCAAAUGAUGCGUCUUCGACAUCAAAACUUGUCCCCGAACCACCCGUUACGGUGCAUUCGUCCGCCGCCGGCCUCGAUGGCACCCCGGCGAUUGCACAAUCCACCGUCGAGCAGCACGUCGACCUCGAGAAAUGGAGCCAACGCCAGGAAGUCAAGGAUGCAUGGAGCCGUAUUGCCGAAAGAGAGGGCCUGGAGGAGCACGCUUUCAACCAGGCGACAUGGAGCUUCCUCGGCUUUGCGCUGGGCAGGAACUACGACCUCAUCAUCAGCAUGAGCAAAGCAAGAAAGGCGGGCUGGACGGGGUACGUAGAUACAUGGGAGAGCUUGGCGGGAGUGUUUGAUGAGUUGCGAAAAGCCAGGAUCCUGCCCAGAGCUUAG